AUGAUUGCCGAACACAAAUCCACCCUGCUUGAGCUGGCCAAGGAAGUCCAGCAGUUGACCACACAGAUCGUCGCCGAUUUGACCGAGAAGAAGGUGCCAGAGCCCUCAUUCGCCAUCGAUUCAGACACCAUUCCCGAAACUCCGGAGCACAUCAAGUUGCGCGAUAGUCUCAAUGAUGCCGCUCGUGACCUACUCCGUCUUGUCAACGGCCCCAGGAACGAUGCACGAACAUUCGUGUGCUAUCUAUAUGAUUUGGCGGCCUGGCAAGUAGCAUGCGAGUUCAACUUCUUUGAAGCUAUUCCAGAAGAUGGAUCAGCUACCACCAAAGAGAUUGCCGAGAAGGCCGGCAUGGACGAAGACCGCGUCGGUCGCUUCCUCCGUAUGCUGUCCUCCGAUCGCGUCUUCGAAGAGGUUGAGCCGGAUGUGUUUAAGCACACGUCAAGAAGCGUGCUCUACUUGAAGGACAAGCAGUGGCGCGAUGUCAUGGCCUACCAAUUGGAUGAGUUCUUUAGGGCAGCUUCGGAGACCUCGGAAAGCAUCAAGGAGUCACCAACAGUCACUGAUGGCAAGAGAAAUGCCUUUGUGACGCGACAUGGCACCGUUCUCUUCGAUUACUACAAGCAAGAUCCCAAGCGAGCAGCUCGCUUUGCCAGUGCAAUGGCGGGAGUCUCAAGGCUUGAGAGGCAUUUUGACAAUCUCAAGGAGAGCUUCCCAUGGGAUAAGAUUAGUGGCCGAAAGGUCAUCGAUGUUGGAGGUGGAAGCGGCCACAUGAGCGUCAAUCUUGCUCGGACUUUCCCCAACCUGGAGCUCAUCGUCCAGGACUCGUUGACCAUGCUGUCAUCUGCAUCACAAAACGACUUCUCGGAUCUCAAUGGCCGAGUCACGUUCAUGCCACACGACUUCUUCACCAAGCAACCUGUAUCGGGUGCAGCGGCGUAUCUCCUGCGGUACAUCACUCACAACUGGAGUGACGAAGACUGCAUUCGCAUCUUCAGAGCACUAGUCCCUGCUUUGGAAAAGAGCCCGGCCGGGACGCCGAUUUUGAUCAACGAUGUGGUCAUGCCAGCCCUUGGUGAAGCCUCUCGAUACACGGACAACCGCAUGCGCCAGGUCGAUCUCAUGAUGAUGUUGAUGCUCGGAGCCAAACAACGGUCGGAGGAACAAUUCCGUCGUCUCCUUUCAGAUGCCGACCCACGCCUCAAGAUCAAGGCCAUUCACGGCAGAGGCAACAUGAGUUUGAUUGAGGCGUACCUCGACGCUGAGGGCGCUCCCGCAGCGCAAGAGUCGGCUGAUGUCAAGAGCUCGGUUGCUGAGGAUGACGCCGAACAGCUGCAGGGAGAACCCGCUCAGGAAAGUACCAAGCGCACUGCGUCUCGCAUGUAA